AUGGUGGCAGAGAACCGCGGCCCAGAUCUUCUGGCCGUCAACAUUGUAUUUUGUGUCAUUGCAGGCUGUAUCGUCAUAUUGCGCUGCUUCACCAGAAUAUGGCUUGUAAGAGCCUUUGGUGUCGAUGACUGGCUGAUGGUCCUCGCCUCGCUAUUCUUCUUAGGCUACAUUGUAUGUUCCAAUUCUGGAAUCGGAUAUGGCACCGGCCAGCACAAGGCAGAUUUGAGCACAGAGAACUUUGAGACCGCCAUGAAGUAUUGGUGGUUCUGCUAUCUCUUCUUCAGCCUGUGCAUGGUCACAUCCAAGCUCUCCUUUGCGUGGUUCCUCCUUCGAAUCGUCACAAAGCGCAUCCAUGCCUGGACCAUAUACAUAGCCGCCAUGCUGACCGUGGUGGGAGGUGUUGCCUUCUUCUUCGUCACCCUUCUCCAAUGCCAUCCGAUUUCUCACUACUGGAACAAGUCUGGGCAAGGAAGCUGCAUCAGCAUGGACAUUAUCGUCGCCCUCGGCUACCUUUACAGCGUCUUUAGUGUCAUUACAGACUUUACGUUUGCCGUGCUCCCAGGAUUCGUCAUCUGGCACCUAAACUUACAGAGACGAGCAAGAUUUAUCCUGAUUAUUCUCAUUGCUAUGGGCUGCAUGGCCAGCUCUGCUGUCGUGGUUCGAUUUGCCUACAUCAAAAACUUCAAAGAUGAAGACUUCUUAUGGGCUACUACAGAUAUCGCUAUAUGGACAACGCUCGAAAUGGGACUGGCCAUCUCCGCCGCCAGUCUUUCUACGCUUCGUCCUCUCGCCAAAAUCAUCGGCUGGAAGCUGGGUCUGACAUCGCAGAAUACGUCACCAUCUCAAAACUACAACCCCAGUGCAAGAGGAUUCAAUGGAAUUCGCAGCCCACACCCCGGUGAUCACGUUUAUAUUCACUCCGAAGUAUCACAAAACGCGACGCACUUCGACGCAAGAAAGAGCUGGGCUCUGGGCACAAAAGUAACGGCGUAUGCUGGUCAUGAUAAGGAUGAGCAUGAAAUGGAUGUGACGAGCGGCACAGAGAGUUCCGAGAGACUCGCUCCAACGAGUUCCACAAACUCGGCAAGUCUUGUGGAGGAGGGAAAAGCACUACCGCAAUACUUCUUGCGUUAA